CUACUGAAGCUGUCGUUGAUGGCAUUUCCUGGCACUUUCUUGGGAUUGCUGUAUGGAAUACUUUCUGGCUUUUCCUAUGGCAAACUGGAUAUCUCUUCUUUGCGUGGAUUUUUAUCCUAUUCACUUCUGCCCAGAUUUCCUAUGUUUAUUAUACAAUCAAAUAUAAGUAUCCAUCACAGAACCUUAAUGACACAAUCUGGAUUCAUGCUCCGUUUUCCCUAUAUCAUGCUUGGAUCCUUGUACUGAUUGUAAUUUCAACCUUUGUUACUUUCCUUCCCGACAAGAAAAGUCCCGACGAAGAACCAAAUCUUCUUACAAGAACUCUUGCCGUCUUAGCAUUAUUUUUUCUCGAAACAAUUUCUAUUACUUACAUCGAAAAAUUAAAGGGUGAUGUUACCGGAGCCAUCGUGAUCACUUGGUCGCUGUAUGGUAUUGCGGCCGAACAACUUGAUCCAUGGAUACGUUGGACUGCUUUUGUCUUUGCCAUCAUCUCAAAUAUUUAUAUUCUUGUUCCAUUUGUCAAGAGGUAUUACUUUGGUUCUCGCGAAGAAA